UUGACUGCGCAGCACAGAGCGCGCGGAGCAGCGUAGCUUACUUCAGACAGGGCGACUAAACCCUUUAGUCCUGUAGAGUGUCGACAGAAAGCAAUAAACUGUCAACACAACAAUUUAAUGAAUUCUAAGGACAUCUUCUUGGAUAACCGAGUUCUCGUUGUGUUCAUCUGCACUUAAGCGCUUGGAGAGCAAGGACACGCUACAGAGGGGAAGUGUGAAGAGGGCUUCUGAGAAGCAUCCCGUUUGCAAUCAGCUGGAAGGGAGAGGCAUUUACAGGUACAUAUGGGGCAGGGAGAAGCUUCAGCAAGAAGCACAAGGAUGAAGGGAGACUGUCUCAGUUGCAUCAAGUACCUCAUGUUCAUCUUCAACUUCUUCAUCUUUCUCGGCGGUGCAUUCCUUCUAGGGGUGGGAAUCUGGGUGCUGGUGGAUCCAACAGGUUUCCGGGAGAUUGUGGCAGCCAACCCUUUACUGUUUACUGGUGUCUAUUCAAUUUUGAUCAUGGGUGGGAUGUUGUUCCUCUUGGGAUUCUUGGGCUGCUGUGGUGCCAUACGGGAAAAUAAAUGUCUUCUACUGUUUUUCUUUAUGCUUAUACUCAUCAUAUUCCUGGCAGAGCUCGCCGUAGCCAUUCUGGCCUUCGUAUUCCGUGAGCAUCUCACCAGGGAUUACUUUACCAAGGAGUUGAAAACACAUUACCAAGGCAGCAACAGCAGUGAUGUCUUUACCUCCACGUGGAAUGCUAUUAUGACCACAUUUGAUUGUUGUGGGGUAAACAGUGCUGAAGACUUCGAUGAUCACAGUCUCUUCAGACGCCUGAACCCCAGCAGACUGGUGCCGGAGGUCUGUUGCCAGAGGAACGAUCUGAUGAUGACCAGGGAGGAGUGUGUCAAGGGAAUUAUGCCAAUCCGUAACAAGGGCUGUUAUUCGGCAGUGGUGGAUUAUUUUGAGACAUACAUCUAUGUGGCUGGAGCUCUUGCUAUUGUGGUGCUGACUAUAGAACUCUUUGCAAUGGUUUUUGCUAUGUGUUUGUUUAGAGGAAUCCAGUAAUCAACACAUGUUGUACAUAAGAACAUUUUAAGAAGGAAAAUGGCAUGGGAUGGAUGACACUAAAAAACUGAAGAAAACACUCAUCUUUCAUCUUUGCGUUUUUAAAGUUACUUAGAAUUACCAAAAAUAACUUAUUACGUACUUCACAGCUGGGACUCUGAUGUCGGAUGCCUGGUAAUGAAAAAUAUCUCAUUUCUGAUUCCUAAAGGAACAGUAUACUGUAUACAUCAGUCCUAUAACAUUAUUGGAUGGACAUCUUGCACUGAUAUUUGAAUAUGUAGGCUGUAGAUGACAAACGAUUGAUUAUUACUGAGUUGUUUUACCUCUUGUCUUAUUCAGCACUGUUGUAGAGCAAUGCCUAAAAAACUACACAGUGUGAAUGUUUGAGUGUGUGUGUGACAGAAAGUUCUAUUGUGAGUGUGUUUCUGUAUAAAUCCUCAAAAGCCAGAAGCUUGUAUAAAGUGUUUAAUGUGCUCAAACCGUGAAUAUUGUGUAAUUGAAAAAUAUAUGUAUGUAUUCGUGUUGUAUCUAUUGUAACUACUUUGAAUAAUAUUAAAAGUGAACAGUAAAU